CCCAUUUGUGAAUUUGAUUGAACUAUUGGCGUACUUCAAAAAAUAGAUAAAACGUUUUAAGCAAUGGAUGAAUUCAUUGUGGAUCGAGGUCGGGUACCCCGGCUUUGCGAAUUUCAGAAGAAAAUAGAGAGGAUGUAUGAAGUGAAAAUUGGAUUCGAAGAUGUCGCCAAAGCUAGUCAACAAUGGAUCAUCGUUCAAGGCGAAAAUAUGGACAGACAGAAUGCAAAGGAAUACAUCCUUGCUCUGUGCGAUCCAAAGGAAAUGCAGACUCUUACGUUUAAAAAUUGCCGAGCAUUAUUAAGUAAUGAAACAAUAGAACAAAUAGAGAAGCAAACCAAUGCUGUGAUAGUCAUGGAGGGGACAUCAUCAGUAACCAUCACCGGCACUGACCUUGGUGUGACCUUGGCCAUGUCAUCUUUAGAGGAAUUGCUUGGACAGUAUGACACAGAGAUGGAUGGAACUGAAGGGAAAACAAAUGAAAAAGAUACUACAGCUGAUGAUUCUGUAUCACCAUGGUCACUGAGACUGGACACCUCCCUACAGAGGGCAUUAUCUCAACAAAGUGAUGGCAACAGUAGUAUGACUAUUGAAGACUAUGAUAACGCUUCAGCAUCUGUUAAAAGGGUGAUUUUACACUGCUUGAAUGACACAGCCACUGAUGAUAUUGACGAUGUUUUAUUGUUUGAAAGUAAUUCUCCAAAAGAUAGUUCUAAAUCAUUAAAUCAGUUCAAACUUCCUCUUUUGAUCGGGGAUGAGCAGACAGACAGUGCUAAUACACAACACCAAAAACAAAAUAUUGAAACAGAUAAUAAUCAAAUUGAUGGGAGAGUUGGCAACCUCACCCAGCAAUUAACCGAUGCAAAUAUUUCACAAGCUGAAGGUAACAAUGCACCAAAACCGUCAAGUGCUUUUCCAAAUUCAAAGUUGUCAAAGGAACUUGAAUAUUUAAGAAAUUUUGGUUUAUCUGUUGGUUAUAGUGUAAGCAUUAUUGAAGAAGGUUUGAAAUUUGCUGAUGAAAAUACACAAGUUUCUGACUUCAUAGAAAUAUUAACAAAAAUUUCUGAUAAUAAUUCAGAAGGUAAUUGUAACAAAGGGAAUAGGAGUCCAUCUCCCGAGGUAGAAAUAUUGAGUUAUUCUAAGAAUUUUGGAAAUUUUCCUCCUCCUCCACCAAUACCUAGUCCAAGUAAGCUUGCUGACAUGACAGGUCGACGAAGUCUGCCGCCAGAAUAUAAAAGUAAAUUAAUCAAAGAUUUCUCAGAAGAGAAAAACGACUUACCUAUUGAAGAACUCAAGAGACGAAAUGAGGAAAGACAAUCAGUACUGAAAGCAUCAUUUGAUGAUGAAAAUGUUUCAAAGAAAAACCAAAAUCAGCCCACACCAGGACAUAGAGGAGAGAAGAAUGGACAUAAUAAUGUGAUAAAACAGAAAGGUCAAGGUCGCUCUCAAAGUAAAAAGAAUAAACAAAAAGCAAAGCAACCAAGUGUAGAAACACCUUCACAGUAUAUUGAGGUGGAUGAAAAAGAAGAAGAAACUUGUGUUAUGGAACCAUGGCAAGAUGAUGUAGAUGAUGAUUGUAGAAUUGUAGAUGUUUCUCGACCUAAUCCUGUGCCAGUUGUGGUGCAGCCAAAUAGACAGCAACAACAGAAAAAUUAUACCCAACAAUCUUAUGGGAAAGGCUUUCAUCAACAGUUCAGUGCUAUGUCAUCACCUCAGAGGCAGCAACCAGUCACAGGAUUUCAGCAGCAGCUACAGAGAGGACCAGUCGGAGGAAAGCCAGAUGACCUCAGAUAUAUUGUCAUUGAUGGCAGCAAUGUUGCCAUGACGCAUGGUAACGGAAAAAUAUUUUCUUGUCGUGGAAUUAAAAUUUGUGUUGAUCACUUCCUGAAGAGAGGACAUAAACAAGUGACAGCGUUUGUUCCAGAGUGGAGGAAAUACCGUCCACGCAUGGAGAACCCUAUCCGUGAGCAGAACCUUCUGACAGAGCUGAAGGAGGCAGGAUACCUUGUCUUCACUCCAUCUCGAAGGGUUAAUGGCAAACUGAUCAGUUCCUAUGAUGACAGAUUUGUGCUGGAAUUAGCAGAGAGAGAGGAUGGUGUGGUUGUUUCUAAUGAUCAGUACAGAGAUCUGAUGCAGGAGAAAGCAAGCUGGAGAACAUUAGUAGAGGACAGGUUGCUGAUGUUCACAUUUGCCGGUGACAACUUUAUGAUCCCAGAGGAUCCUCUUGGCCAGGACGGCCCUACUCUUGGCCAGCUUUUACAUAAGAUACCCCCAUAUGCUGGAGCACACAAAAGGCCUUUAUCACCUGACAAGUCAGAGAGAGGAAACUUUCGACAACAACAAAACAAUUGGACUAACAUGCCCCCUUUACCCUUUUGUGUAGGUAAUGCUAGAUUUCCCCAUCAAAAUUUACAGCAAAGGGGUUUAAACCCAAAUCAAGUCUAUCAAAGACCUCCCUCUCAGCAGUUUCAUGGGAAUCCAUUCCGUCAAAAUCAGCCAAAUGGUGGUGCAGUGUUCCAAGGGGCCCACAGGGGGCGAGGACAGCGUUACCCCCACCCCCAACCAAAUAAAUUCACCGCAUUGUCCUCCAGGUCUGAACAGUCAACUGAAGAACUCUUUACGCAGCUCAAGUGUAUUUUCUCAGAGAGUAAGCAGGAACAAAAGUUAAGAGAAGUCCUUCGGAAUCAUCAGGAGGAAACAGACUUAAAUCGUCUCACCAACUACUGCAUGAAUGCAAUAUUUUCCUAGAGAGUGGACUGUAAAUUUUUUUUUUUUUUUGUUUGGUCACAUUGAAAGGAUUUGGUCCUGUGACAAGCCAACACUGCAGCACAAACAGGCUCCUGCCUAAUCUCUACAUAUGAUUGUGGCUUCUCUGAAUUUAAAGGAUGUUUAUUAAAGUAUGGAAGAAAAGUCUGUGAUAAAAUCAUAAAGUUUUGUUUCAAAAUUUGUUUUUUGUACAAAAUUUUAUGAUUGGUGAAAUACAGAAUGGUAUAGUUGUGAUGAAAGGUUUAAACUCUAUAUAUUGGCUUAUUGGCAGUAAAGUGAGGAAGCCAUUGACAGAGUUUGAUAAGCAGUAUACAUUCUGUAUACAGAUCUUAAGGAUUUAAACACUUUCAACAAUGGUGACAUUGAUGAUAAUAAAUUAAUCAGAAAUAGACUAAGAAGGAAAAAUACUAUUCUAGUUAUCAGGGACAAAUUUGAUUGAUUAUCAGGUCGUCUCUGAAUAUCAUUAUAUGGCGUAGCUAAUAUCAGUUUUAUAUGAAAAAAAUUAUAGAAGAAGAUAUUUAUAUAUAUAUGUACAUGCUUUGUUUAGGAGAUCUGUGAGAUCUGUUAUAUUUUGCUGGCUGCAUUACUUUGUACACAUGUUAAACAUUUUAUUCUGAUAAACAGUAAGUUGGGAUAUUCUGGUUUUGGGAAAAUUUGAGAAGUGGAAUGGUUUUAUUUUUGUCUAAAUGUUGCAUUUUCCUCAACCUUAUGCUAAUUUUAGUACUCUAUUUUGUCAUUAGUUUACUGAAUCCUUAACUCAAUUAUGUGCAAGUUUAAUUCUGUUUGGAAGUCCUGACAAGUGUUAGGCAAAAUAUAUAUUGGUGUAAAGAGCUAAUUUGACAUGUGUUUAAUUUCUAUACUUUAAAGCCAGACACCAAAUAAAUAAGAAAGCAACUAGAUCCAAAAUAUCCCAAUUUUAUGGUUGUUAUGCAUUCAGCAUUCCAGAACACUUUAUUCUCCAAGUGAAAAUGUAUAUUGUCUUGUUUGAAGUAAAGUCAUUAACUGGAACAGAGUUGAAUUUUCUCUCUUUUUCACAAUAGUAUCAACACAUCACUAUAAUUAAGUUUUCUUAUGACCAGCAUACUAGGUUUUUCAUGUAUUGAUGAGAGAAGCCAUACUUAGGUCAGAACUGUUGGUUAGAGAACAACAGUGACUUCAAUUUCAAUCUACUAUUAAUGUAUAAUCUAAUUCAUUUUCUCAC